CCUGGAGACUGGCGCAGACCUGCUUGGAGAGUGGUGCUAGAGCUUGUUCACUGUGCAUUUAAGGAGCUGCCGCCGCUGCUGCUACCACCACCACCAGCUUUUAUUUAUUCGGCUUGCUCUGCCUGGGCCCACCCUCGCCCCGACCCGCCGGCAUGAUGGCCCAGUCCAAAGCCAACGGCUCCCACUACGCGCUGACCGCCAUCGGCCUGGGGAUGCUGGUUCUUGGGGUCAUCAUGGCCAUGUGGAACCUGGUGCCCGGAUUCAGCUCUGCCGACAAGCCCACGGCUCAGGGCAACAAGACCGAGAUAGGCAGCGGCAUUCUCAAGAGCAAGUCCUUCUCCGUGGCCUACGUGCUGGUCGGGGCCGGCGUGAUGCUGCUGCUGCUGUCCAUCUGCCUGAGCAUCCGGGACAAGAGGAAGCAGCGGCAGACCGAGGAUGAGAUAGCCCGCAUCCAGCAGCAGGCGGCCGCGCAGCCGCACGCCCAGGAGGAGGACAGCCAGGAGGAAGAGGAAGAGGCCUCCUCCAGGUACUACGUCCCCAGUUACGAGGAAGUCAUGAGCACCAACUACUCGGAAGCCAGGGAAGCGGGCCAGGACCCAAGGAUGACUGUGUCCCUCCCCUCCUACGAGUCACUGACAGGACUGGAUGAGACCACCCCCACUGGUCCCAGGGCCAACGCGGAGUCCGGCCCAGGGCAUACCCCUGACAGACAGAACUCCAGGUUGACCAAACACCUGAAGCCGCUCAAGGUCCGGAGGAUCAAAUCGGAAAAGCUGCAUCUCAAGGACUUCCGGAUCAGCCUCCCGGACAAAAACGUGCCCCCACCCUCCAUUGAGCCACUCACCCCUCCGCCCCAGUAUGACGAGGUCCACGACAAGCUCCCCGACGCCCGGCCACCUGACUGACCCGCCCUCUCGGGCCAUGUUUCCUCCUGGCCCUCACACCCUCUGUAACCCCAGACGCAAAGGAAGCCACUGGAGCCCCCAGCCAAGAAGCUGGGGGGACCCAAUGUGCACUUGGCCCGUCUGUAACGGGGGGAGGGGCCUCCUGUGUGUCUGACGCUCACAGAGCAACAGGGCAGAGGGACAUUGGGCUGCUGUGCUGCCUGGAAGCCCGGGAGCCUGUGGCCCACAUCCAGGGUGCGGCCCAGGUA